AGCUUCAUACUGAGAAACAAGCUUUGACAAUCUCUGGCUGCCCCGAAACCGGUCUGGCAGGUGGAAAACUGGUGCACUGGGCACGCCCGUCUCUGUUAGGAGAAGAAUGAAGGCUUGAGUGAACGAUGGAGGCUGGAGGUGGGAGGUGUUAGACAAGAAGCCAACCUGUUGUUGCUUAAAUAAAAGUCAGUGACAAUCAGUAAGAGUAGAAAGGAGAAAAGAAGAAAAGAAAGAAGAGAGUAGACGUGUUUAAUGUGGCACCACCAUGUUUUAACUGCUGCUCUGUGACACUGAGUAAACACCUGGAUGUGAAUAAGCUCCACACACCUGCUCUCACCUCCACUUUCUGCUCUCUGCUGACCUGAAUCCGAUGGAAAAACAUGAUCCGAACGAGCCCCCUCCUCCUUACUACUCUGUUGCCGUGCACACCCAGCCCCCACUCAAGCCCUAUGAGGAGGUGGUGUAUGGUGUGGGUUUUGGCCUGACUCCUCCAAGUCAUCCACAUUACAUCCCCCAGUAUCCACCGCCUGUGGUUGUUCCCACAGUCACACGGCCAAGCAUACCCCCCAGCUCUAAGACGAAGAGAUGCUGCCAGAAUAAUGCCCAGUGUUUCGGAGGGUCAGGGGGAACCUUACUGCUGCUUGGUUUGCUGGGCUUGGCCAUCUGGCUUGGAGUUCGUUACGGCACCCGGUUGGCAACAGCAGCAUUCCUCUACGACAACGACAAUGAGCACUACAAGGAAAACCUUUUGCCAGUGUAUGACACCUGCAGCAACAAUACUGUCCAAUGUGAUGCGAUAAGAGACUGUGAACUGGGCACUGAUGAAACAAACUGUGUGAGGUUUGCCAAGGACAACAGCGUGCAGGUCAGGACAUCCCAAGAUGGCCGCUUCCUACCAGUGUGCUAUAAAGGCUGGGACCAGAACUAUGCUGACCAGACCUGCGCUCAGCUAGGAUUCAGAAAGUCUUAUGUCACCAAAGCAAUUAAAUCCCAGGAAUCCAUUGGUUUGACAUUGACCAGCAGAUCAUCUUCGCUUAUCCAGGGUCUGGUAAAUGUCAGUUCUUCCUGUCCAGACCAGGAGACUGUCUCCCUGCAGUGUAUGGACUGUGGUCUUCAGCAGUCCACAUCCCGGAUCAUUGGGGGUAGCAUAGCUAAGAUAGGUCAGUGGCCUUGGCAGUUGUCACUCCACUACAGAGGAUCCCAUGUCUGCGGAGGUGUCCUGAUCUCUCCUGAUUUUGUGCUGACCGCUGCCCACUGCUUCCCAAGAAGUAAUCCUUUAUCUCUCUCGGCAAAGUACUGGACAGUGUAUAGUGGAGUGGUGUCUCUGGACAGACUACCUCAGCCCUACCUAGUUGAGAAGAUCAUACUGAACGAGGACUACAACAACAAAACCAAUGACCUGGACGUCGCUCUGCUUAAACUUAAAUCUCCAGUUGUUUUCAGUGAUGAAGUUCAGCCGGCUUGUCUGCCAACCACUGGACAGCAAUUUUCCCAUGGAACCAGAUGCUGGACCUCAGGUUUUGGCACCACUGAGGAAGGAUUAGGCAUUGUCUCCAGGGACCUGAUGGAGGUGACUGUGGACAUCAUUGGUUCAGAAGUGUGUAAUAGCCGCAGCGUGUAUAGAGGCGCCGUGACCAAGAACAUGCUCUGUGCGGGUGACCUGGAUGGAGGCAAAGACUCCUGUCAGGGUGACAGUGGUGGACCUCUAGUGUGCCAGGGAGACAUACGUUGGUACCUGGUGGGGAUCACCAGCUGGGGAGCUGGCUGUGGUCAGAGAAACAAGCCUGGUGUUUACACUAAAGUCAGCAGUGUUUUGGCAUGGGUCUACAGCAAUAUGCAGAAAGAGAGGCCGUGAUGCGUCUUGCUGUUGAUCUACAUUUCCCACUUCCCCCAAUAAAACCCUGCACUAUGAAGUCAUCUCAGAGAGAUAGAUGGAUUUACACAUUUACAACUGCAAUUUAUGAAGAAAUAAAUUAGACAUAAGGAUGGAUUGAUGGUUGCAUGCUGGUGUGGAGGAGUGGCAACAUGACAAAAUGCACAACUUGAACACUGGACUUCUUUCUUGAUGUUGCACACGUUCACUACAUUCACCCUCUGUCACAAGGUGUAUUAUGUGAAUUAUUAUCUAAACCUGAUUAUUGAUACACACUAAUCGAUGCACUGACUUCAGUCUUGCAUUCUUGAUUUUAAUCACCUGUCUUUUAGGCAUACAAUAUGUUCACCUUUAAACAAGCUUUAAAGAUGGCUGGCCCUUCUCUUAAGUGUUCUGUGCCAAUGAAACACAGUCCACUGUGCUGUGAUUUCCUAGAGAAUGAUACUGUUCAAAAUGAUUUUUGAUUGUAGAGGUGUGUUUUUUUCCUCAGGGACACAUCUCAGGCUUUUCAAUAUUGACUUGUUUACCAUAUUAAAAUACAUACAGUAAAGGACACUUUAUGUAUUCACUAUAUGAAGGAAGGAAGCAGUGUGACCCUUGACUCCCUUAUUGAGCUGGCACUCUGUCUGCGUACCUAACCCUGCCCUUAGACUCACACUGUGAAACCGUUCAGAAAUUGUAUAUCAAUAAUUGUACAUAUGUUCUCUGUGUAUUAUAUUUCUGUACAUUUGCCAUGUUGUCUAUCAGAGAUUUCUAUUUGUCUAACGUGUGGGUUCAUUGAACAUUAUAAACUGAGCGUACAAUAAAUAAAGAUCAAGAAAACCCUUUAAUGUGGAGGUUAU